AUGUCUAAUAUUGAUUCUAUUGCCUCUCAUCCAAUUUUUCAAGGUUUAGAUUGUACUCAAGAUGCUGCACCCAGAUUCCUUUUUACAUCCCAUCAUGGAACAAGAAUGGUCGUUUUACAGGGUGGAUUGCUAAGAUGGUGUUCAGUUACGGCUUCUUCGUUCAAUUCAAUGACAAUUGAUUUUUUUCAGCCAGAAUCUACUGCUCCACAGAAGGCAAUUUUAAGUAACUCUGGGGAGUUUAUCUGUGUCUACACUAAUCAUACAAUCGAAGUUAUUGAAAUCCCUUGGGGUUAUGUUACUCCUUCUCCUAGUAUGGUAUCCAAAUUUCAGUUAUUUAGUUACAACAACAAGGACGAUGAUGGCUAUUCCCCAAUUAAACAAGUUUUGUUCCAUCCUGAAGCUUAUAAGGAUUCCUGCUUAGUAGUUCUAUACGAUAACGGGACCAUUUCCUUAAUGGAUGUCACUCAGAUUACCAAGACCAUUACAUUAAAUAAACGUGUUGCCACUUUUGGAAUAGAUACACAAAUUACAGAUAUCGAAUCGAUUUGUUUCAGUAAGGAUGGUUGGACUUUAUAUGCUCUCAGUAUCAGUGAUGGUGGUGAUAUAUACGCAUUCUACCCAUGUUUACCACAACAACUGGAAGUGAAGAGGGAGAAAAUCACAUCUUUGUUACAUGAGUCGGUAUUACUCUAUGAAUCAUUGAAACUGGAUACUGACCGAGAUGUGAAGAGAAAUGUUAUCAGGCAAGUUCAGUUCGUCAACAAACUAAACGGUUUAUUGACAGAAAAUGAAAAGAACUCUAAUGAAGACUUUAUUGAGAUUGAACAGGAAUAUAGAUUAAUCAGGGGACAAGGCCCAUUUACGAUAGACCCUUAUCCAGAAAGAUUAUACAGCGCCACUGCUUUGGAAAUUUCCACUUUACCAAUCAAUUCAAAUAAUGAAUUAAUGUGUAUGAUUUUUGACGAUGGUUCCAUUGCCCUAUUAUUCAAGGACUUACCAUUGACCAUGUCAUGGGAUGUGGAUAAUUAUGUCCAUAAUAACUCAUUUUCAUUGGUAGAAUUGAUGCAAUUGAAGGAUACCGACGUGAAAAGGAUAGUAUCAUAUCCAGAUACUUAUGGACAAUUUUUUAUUUUUGGUGAUUCUUCUCUAUUUUUAGUUCAUACUCAUAUAUGGUCCGACCUGUUGGCUAAAGCCAUUGAUAAUUCUAAUCUGAAUGAAUUAUUGGAGAUGAAUUUCACCAGUAAGUUGGAUUUCUUUGAGACUACUAAUGGAAUUACAAAAUGUUCCCCUUGUAAAUGGAGAGGUAGGGACGUUAUUCUUUUUAUUACGAAGGAAGACGUUUACAUGCAUCCAGUAGAGAUGAGGAAGUCAGGUAUUCUUGGUAAUAAUAAGCCAGUUUUAGUUAAUAAUGAGGAACUAAAACACCAGGAAUAUAAGACUAGUUUUAAACAACCUGUUGAAGAACUGAUGGCUUUAAAUAAGUUAUUCCAACAGCAAUGUAGUAUGGGUGUUUCGAAAUUAAUUGCCCCAGAAGAAAGACAAGUCUUGUUGAAUAACGAAAAUAACGAAGUUCAAUUAGAGUUGUUGAGUGACGUAUCUAAGGAAGUUAUUUCCAAGAUUGGACAAGGACAAAACCUUGCCUUGAAUUUGCAUCAUCGAUUACUAGAACAGCAGUACGAAUUAACACGACAAUUGAAGAUAGUUCACACAAUUAUGUCAAAACAAUCCGACUUGAGAAGGAAAUCGGAGGAACAAUCGCGCAGAUGGGAUGACCAGACAUCAAGAUCCUCUCAAUUGAUCAAAAGGCUUCAGGAUUUAGAUGCCAAAAUAUUGGAGAUUAACAACUCGCCAAAAUUGAAAGAGUACCCUAUAAAUGAUAAAGAGCUGGAAUGGUUCAAGGAGAUCAGAAACCAAGUAUUGAAGUUUAACAGUUUUGUACACAAUCAAAGAGAUGCUCAAGAAGAAUUAAACCAUUUGAAAAAAGAUUUAGCUCGUAUCAGUAAAGAGACUUCUCAACUUAGAGAUGAAAAAUCAGAUAAAGAGUGGGACGAGCUUCGAGACAUAUUGAAACAUGAUGCUCAAAUUAUACAGGAGUGUAAUAAAGAGUUAUUAUCUACGACGGAGGCAUUAUAA